AUGACCCCGUCUGUCAGCGAAUUGCUGGGGUACUGCAGCAUAGGCUGCUGGCUCGGCGCACAACUUCCACAGAUUUUGACCAACAUCCAGCUUCAGUCGUGUGAGGGACUUGCACUGCCGUUUCUCGCGAAUUGGUUUCUUGGCGACGCUUCCAAUCUACUUGGCUGUUUGCUCACAGGGCAGCUAGCCUUCCAGACAUGGCUGGCUGGCUAUUUUGUGUCUGUCGACGUUGUCCUAGUUGCUCAAUAUCUGUACUAUGAGCGCUCCCGUCCCACUAAAAUAUUCGGUCGCCAGCGAGUUGGCUCUACGUCGGACCGACAUUAUCGCACACUGUCCACUGUUGCAGCCAACGUUUCUGGAGCAGCGGCUGUCUUGGCUGCUCAACAACACGAAUCAAUGCGCAGGAGUGUAGACCAGUUGUCUGCAAGUCGGGUCUCCGACGAACUUGACGAGUCUGCUCUAGCUGCCAUGGCAGAUAGCAUUCAGUCUGAAGGAAUGCCCCCUCGAAAACGCGUUUCAUGGAGUACCGAGCGAUAUGGAAGACGUGGCGGGAGUGUUGGACGGACCCCAGUCAGCCGUAGCGCCUUCUUACCGCGACUAACUCCUGCAGACGAUAAUGACAUUGAUCGCGGUCGGUCACUCCAACGCGAAGCAACUUUGGAUGCCCCUCCUCCAGAAAGUGCACCGGAAACGCAAAGACGGCCAUCACGAGCCAGUCGAAGGGGAGCAAACUUGGUCUUCCUCAGUAUAUUCGCAUUGUAUAGCAUCGGCUCAUGGACAGCAAGCAAGCAGACGAGAGAUUUGCAACAGAGCGGUGAGCCAAUAGGACGCGUUAUUGGCUCCGUUCCUGUGGCUUUCGUCUCUUCAAAACCAUCAUCUAUAAAACCGACGACACCUGCAACCCAUGUCUGGAUGGAAGAUCUUCCGCCAGGGUCCCCGCCCCAUCAUGAACCCAUUCCCAGCGACGACCCGUUCGACGAACUCGUACUGGGACGUAUAUUUGCGUGGCUAUGCACCACGUUAUAUCUUACCUCCCGAUUGCCGCAGAUCUGGAAAAAUUUUGUCAGAAAAUCUGUUGAGGGGUUAUCAAUGUACCUCUUCAUCUUUGCUUUCCUCGGCAAUACCUUCUAUGUUCUCUCUAUCAUGACAUCAGAGAAGGCGCAUGCGCCGCCUCCGGUGUCGACAGAGUUCUUACGGGAAAGCCUUCCAUAUUUGUUGGGAAGUGGCGGAACACUAAUGUUUGAUGUUACGAUCUCCAUCAGCAAACACAAUAAACGCACUCCCGCUCGGGCCUUGAGCAGAAACAAUAGAGGCCAAAAUGAACCCAUCCACUCUUCCUUCCUUACCGCCAUCCCCUCCUCCUCCAUGGCCACCCUUAACGACCGCGAUGCCUCCCCACGCUCCUCAAUAUCUAGCGAAAAGCUACCCCAACACAUCCCUCCACCAGUUCCUCAAAUGCGUACCCCAUCCCUGCGAUUACUAUUCUCACAAAUAUCUCCGAGGCACCGACUCCUUCUUCUCGUUCCCGCAAUCGCCUCUUCCCUCAUCGCUGGUGCAAUUGCGCCCUUCAUGACACUCGUCAUUGGUCAGGCAUUCGAUGCAUUCGCCAGGUUUCCCCGCACACCGAAUCCACCACAGUCAGCAAAAGACACUCUUCUUCACUCGAUGGCUAUUGCCGCAUUUGAGCUGAUCGGCCUGGCUGUGGGCUCUGUCGUCCUCAGCAGCGUUAUGAGCAGUCUUUGGAUAUGGACUGGCGAGCAGAACGUCCGCGCUGUCCGACGAAGGGUAUAUAGUGCAGUCACACAGAAGGAUAUGGUGUGGUUUGACACGAAAUUGGGGACCGAAGGCACUGUUCAAGCUACAGACGAGGAACAUGGUCCUCUCGGUGCUGGUGGUCUCAUGGCAAAGUUUGCUAGAGAAACCGACGAAGUGCGCGAGGCUUCUUCCCUUGCUGCAGGUCGAAUCAUCCAAUUUUUGACCACCUGCAUUACUUGCCUCGUCCUUGGGUUCGCCCGAUCUUGGGCUCUGACGCUUGUGAUUCUGUCGGCAGUUCCCAUUCUCGUCGUCAUUCAGACACUGUCACAAAUAAUCGCGGGCCCAUUGCUCAAUGUCGAACGAUCAACUACCGCGACCGCUGCUACCCAUGUUGACCGUGCUGUCUCUGCCAUUAGUACGGUCAAAGCCUUCAACGCUCAGACCUACGAGCAAUCCAAUCUUGGUGCUGCAUUGGAUCGUAUGACCAUAGCUACCAAGAAGCUCAAUGGUGUCUGGAGCAUGACCUCUGGUCUUGCUCAGUUCGUCAUGAUGGGCAUGUUUGUCCAAGGUUUCUGGUUUGGCAGCAAACUCGUCAGGGAUGGCAAAAUUAGCCCCGGCGAUGUUAUGGCUGUCUUUUGGGCCUGCUUAAUCGCAACAACCAACCUCCAAAUGUGCAUUCCCCAAUUCAUCAUUCUUGCCAAAGGCAAAUUCUCAAUGGUUUCUCUUCUUACGCUUAUCGACAAUGACGACGACGACUUCGGCGACGUCCCACUCAAUUCUGACUACAAGACUCAGUCCACACGCUCCUUUCAUAAACGCACCAAUCGUAAUCUUCGCAAAAUUCGUCCAGUUAAAUGCGCUGGUGAAUUCGCCCUUCAUAACAUUUCCUUCGCAUAUCCUUCCCGCCCUGGCGUUCCUGUUCUCCAGGACGUCACACUCUUCCUUCCUGCCCACGAAACUACCUUUAUCGUAGGCGGCUCCGGCUCUGGAAAAUCCACUAUCGCCCACCUUCUUCUCGGCUUGUAUGCGCCUCAGGCGGGCCAAAUACAACUUGAUGAUCAGGACAUCAAAUUUAUCGACGAGAAAUGGCGCAGGCAGCAUGUUGCUGGCGUUGAACAAGGGUGCAUCCUAUUCGAUAUGAGCGUGCACGACAACGUCGCUCUCGGUGCGGGUGGACGGUCGGUUACUCGAGACGAGGUCAAACAAGCCUGCAUCAGUGCCUUGAUGCACGAGUUCGUUCGCGAUCUACCAGACGCAUACGACACUCUGCUUGGCACUAAUGGAGCUAGUCUCAGUGGUGGACAGAAGCAGCGGUUAGCCAUUGCGCGAGCGUAUUUGCGCGAUCCCACUGUUUUGAUUCUUGAUGAAGCAACUUCUGCCCUUGACCCUACUUCUCGUAUUUUGGUUUUUGAAGCCAUCAAGCGCUGGCGCAGGAACAAGACGACCAUUGUCAUCACACAUGAUUUGUCGCAAAUUGGAUCCAGCGAUUUCGUCUAUGUCCUCAGAAAUGGCAACGUCGUCGAACAAGGCUAUCGAUAUGAUCUCGAGGCAGCGACCGGGGAAUUCAGCUCCAUGCUGACCACACAAGCCGCGACUGGUGGCUACCUCCCAGCAAAGGAUGUCUCGGAUUUGUCUCAUCCAGUCGUUGAGCGAGUGUAUACGCCCAUUCCAGAGGAGAAUGGCACGCAGGAGUCAGGUCCACCCUCGGGCAUUGCUCUCACAACCACUUUCGGCAAUUGGAUGUUCGAUGUCGUCGCCGACCUCACCACAACUGGUCCUCAACCAUUUCCAGCUGCAGUCAUUCGCAAUGAACAACCCCGCGAAGCUGUGGUUCCAGUGAAUUUUCCCACUCAUCAACGCCGCCCCUCAAGCGUAUAUGAGCCACCGUUGCUACCAUCCCCUGUUGUGACCUCGACAACACGUCGCUUCAGUCUGCAGUUUACACCAACAUCUGCGACCUUCUCCUUCAAUUCAACGUCUCCGCUUAUUGAAGACGAUGUGGACACCGAGAAGGAGGUCCGCGAUCUGGAACGCAGGGGAACUCGUGCCUCGUCUCGACGACGUCAACCAAGGCGACUCACCUCCAAUCGUAUUCGCUCUCGCUGGGACGACAAGAAAAUGCUUCCGAUGACGGAUGUCAAAGUCACACUCCCCAAUGACCAUGAUCCCGAAGAACCUCCUCCAGCUCAGACCUCAGCCUGGCAACUUGUGCGAGACGUUUACCCCAGCGUCCCAUACAAGCCACUAGUUCUUCUCGGUGUGCUAUUCUGUCUCAUCAGUGGGGCUAUGACACCCAUAUUCUCAUAUCUUCUGUCACGCCUCUUCUACGAGGUUGCCAUUGGCGCAAAGCAUACCGCCCUCAUCAACAAAUACGGUGCAAUCGUACUCGGUACCGCUGCUCUUGACGGAAUUUUCAUUGGCCUCAAAUAUUUUGUCAUGGAGACAACAUCUGUUGCCUGGAUUACCCGUCUACGCAAAGCAUGCUUCAGUAAAGUUCUUGCGCAGGAUAAAAAGUGGUUCGACAAAACAGGGAACUCACCAGUCCGCCUCGUCCAAGUACUUAUCAAAGAUGGUGACGAUGCACGAAAUCUGAUCGCCGUUGUCCUUGGCCAGCUUGCUGUCGUAACGAGCAUGCUUGGGGUCGGUUUAAUUUGGGCCCUCGUCAAAGGAUGGCAACUUACCCUCGUCGGUUUUGCUAUCGCUCCGGUUUUUGCUGUUGCUAUGGCAGUACAAACUGGGCUUGUUGCGAAGUGCGAGUUGCGGAACAAGCGUGCCCGAGAGGAAGUCGCUCAAGGCUACUACAAUGCCAUCUUGAAUGUUCGUGGAAUUCGCGCGAUGGGCUUUGAGCCUGUUUUCCAAAAGCAGUUCGAGGCUGCGUCUGACAAGGCUUUAACGACUGGUGUCAAAGGAGCUUUCGUCGAAGGUUGCACGUAUGGAGUCGCAAGCGGCCUGAUCUAUCUGGCGGAAGCACUCCUCUUCUACGUCGGCGCCGUCCUUAUUGCCCAAGGAACCUACUCUUAUCUCCAGAUGGUGCAAGUCAUGAACCUUGUGGUGUUCACAGUGACGAUAGGCUCUCAGCUUAUGGCAUUUACUCAGCGAAUUGCAAAGUCGGUCGCAGCUACUCGCGACUUGAAUCGUUUGGCACUUCUCUCCACUCAAACCGACGAAUCCGUUGGUGUUCUCUGCCCACCGUUGGAUGGCAACAUCACGUUCCAAAACGUGAAAUUCGCCUACCCGGAGCGCGCUGAUGUACCUGUCCUCAAAUCAACGCAGCUUGAAAUCGGCGAUGGAGAAUGUGUCGCGAUCGUUGGUGCUUCUGGGUCUGGGAAAUCAACUAUUGCUGCUCUUCUUCAACGACUAUACGAGCCUCAAGGAGGCAAGAUUUUCAUUGGUUUGCACGAGCUGCAGUCAACGAGUGUCACUCACCUCCGACACAACGUAUCGGUGGUCAGCCAGAAUCCCAACCUUUUCGACGCCACCAUUGCAGAGAACAUUUCAUAUGGCAACAACGAGAUGACUUUCGCUGACGUUCGACGUGCUGCCCAAGCCGCCAAUGUCCAUGACUUUGUCAUGUCGUUGCCUCAGGGAUACGACACUAUGGUUGGAGAGAAUGCCGCUCUGAUUUCUGGUGGCCAAGCUCAGCGGCUAUCAAUUGCUCGUGCCCUUGCACGUCCAUCCAAGAUUCUAAUUCUGGACGAAUGCACUUCAGCUCUCGAUCCCGCCAACCAAGCCAUCGUCCUCGACACAAUUCGCCGCGCCAAAGUUGGUCGAACAACAAUUAUGGUCACGCACAAGCUGCCGGUCAUGCAAAUGUGUGAUCGUAUUCUCGUUGUUCACGAAGGCCGAAUUGUUGAGCAUGGAAGCUAUGAUCAACUUAUGCUCCGCAAGGGUGUCUUUGCUCAACUUGCCAGCGGCGGAGAAUGGGAGUAA